UGUCCCGUGAUGCACCGCGAAGGUCAACCCAGCGGCUUCGCCACGCCCCUGCCUUGCGAUCCCGUGAGCCACUGCGGCGCCGCGCGCGGGAAGGGAAGAUGGCGGCGUCGGGACCGCUGGCAGAGCGGGGCUACCUGGAGCUGAAUGGGGCGGAGCGGGGAGCGCGGCGCAGGACUCGGGAGCUCGUCUUCGGCCUACCAGGUGGCGGCACGUCCCCGGCAGCAGCCGUGCGAUAUGCUGAUAGUGCUGGCGGAUACUGGUACCAGGACAGCGCCCAGUUAGGAUCGGUGACUAGAAACCGUUUCAUCCAUUGGUCCACUUCAGGUGGCACCUUGGAAUUGAUAGAAGAAUCGCUUGAUAUAAACCUUCUGAACAAUGCUGUUGAACUCAAAUUUCAGAAUUGUAGCCUCUUACCUGGAGGAGUGCAUAUUUUCGAGACCCAGCAUCAUGUUGUAAUAUUAAUUUCAACCAAUCAGACAGUGCACAGGUUGAUGUUGCCACAUCCUGCUCGGAUGUAUAGGAGUGAGUUGAUAACAGAAAGUCAAGUGCAGUCUAUUUUCACUGAUAUUGGAAAAGUUCACUUUAGGGAUCCUUUCAACUACUGCAUUAUCCCCUCAGUACCUGGACUGGCAGCUAAUUCUACUGCUUCAGCGGCUUGGCUAAGCAGUGAUGGCGGAGCACUCUUUGUUCUGCCGUCUGCUUCUGGUGGGAUUUUUGUCCUUAACCUCCCACCUCAUGAUGCUCAUGGUAUGGCUUCACCAUCGACUGUGGAGUUGAAACAGAGUUCAGUCAUGCAGCGUUUGAUUACAGGUUUGAUACCAACAGCUAUCAGAGGGGACCAGGGUCCUUCAGAGCUUCCUGUCAGCCUGUCUGCUCAUAGUCGUGAGCACGAUGCCCUCAUCUUUGCACUCUACCAGGAUCAUAAACUUAGAAUGUGGUCUUACAAAGAUCAGAUGUGCCUAAUGGUGGCUGAUAUGUUGGAGUUUGUGCCUGUAAAUAGGGACCUGAGACAUACUGCUGGAACUGGGCACAAACUACAGGUGGCAUAUUCUGAGACGCUGGGACUUUAUGUUGGAGUAUAUUUGCAUGCACCUAAACAAGGACAGUUCUGUGUCUUUCAGUUGGUCAGCGCGGAGAGUCAUCGCUAUAGCCUUGAUCACAUAUCAUCACUGUUCACUUCUCAGGAGACACUUGUUGACUUUGCCUUAACUACUGCGGAUAUCUGGGCACUCUGGCAUGAUGAUGAAAAUCAGACCACUGUGAAAUACAUCAACUUUGAGCACAAUGUUGCUGGUCAGUGGAACUCAGUUUCUGUGCAGCCCCUGCCAGCAGAAGAAGUAGACAUUAGAGAUGACCAGGACCCAAGGGAAACAUUUAUGGAGGCCAUCUUCAUGCCUGGCCAGUUCACAAAUGCUGCUUUGCUUAAAGCUUUACAGAUCUUUUCUCAAGGUGCUACAAGACUCGUAGACUUGUCUUGGGAUGAGCUGAAAAAAGAAGUGACUAUAGCUGUAGAGAAUGAGUUUCAAGGCAAUGUCACUGAGUUUGAAUUCUCACAGGAAGAAUUUAGACAGUUGCAAAUAGAAUUCUGGUCAAAAUUCUAUGCUUACUGUCUUCAAUACCAAGAAGAACUUUCACGUCCACUUGCACUUCUCUUGAAUCAAUCUACUAAUAUGGUGUGCCUGCUAAAAAAGGGAUACUUAUCUUUUAUUGUGCCCUGCUCGCUAAUAGACCACCUGUAUCUCUUGCCUGAUGAACAACUGAUGAAUGAAGUUGAAAGCAGUGGCUUAGAUGAAUCCGAGUUUUCGCAUGAUCUUGUGAGUCUUGUUCAGUGCCUUCGGUUGAUUGGUGAGUCAGUUUCCGUGGAGAUGGCACUCACAAUGGAAAUGACCUGUUGCCGUCUGCAGCCUCCAGAGAAAACUGCAGAAGAGAUCCUUCAAAACCUGAUCGCUCAUGACACAGAUAAUCUGAUGGAAGAUAUUCACAGCAAAUUACAAGAGAUCAGAAACCCAAUAAAUGCUAUUGGAAUGCUUAUCCAGGAAAUGGACUAUGAGACAGAUGUGGAAAUGGAAAGAGGAUUCAAUGUUGCUCAACCCUUGAAUGUGCGCAUGCAACUCUCACAGCUCUAUGGCAGUAGCACAACUGUGAAUGUGGUGUGCCGGUGUGUGUACAAGCUUUCCAUGACACGCUUCUUGAUUUGCCGAGACUUGUUGAUUUUACAGCAGCUGUUGUUGCGGCUUGGGGAUGCUGUAAUUGUGGGAGGAGAUCAGCUGUUCCACACUCAGCAGAACCUGCUGCACCGCACAUCUGUCUUGAUAUUGUCUUAUUACUUGAUCAGGUGGGCAAGUCAGCGCUUGGCAUCGGAUGUUCCAGUUGAUGAACUGGAAUCGAACCUACAGCAUCUUUCUGUAUUAAAACUGACAGAUUCCACAGCUAUAACACCACUCAAGCUAGUUUCCAGUCCUCAGACUAUCGUGGAACUGUUCUUUCAGGAGGUGGCUCGAAAACAUAUAAUCUCUCAACUGUUCCCAUCUAAUGUAGCUUUGGAUGAAACAGGACUGAGUUGGCCUCAAAUGUUUUCUGACAUCUCCAGUUAUCUCCUGCAGUUCUUGUGGCCAGGGAAUCCUGGUUUCCUUUUUCCGGAAUGUUUGAUGGGAGCUUGUCAGUACACUCAACUGCAGGAAUACAUUCGUUUGCUGGAAACUUGGUGUCAUGUUAAUGUGGGAUCAUGCCGUUUUAUGAUGGGACGGUGCUACCUUGUCAUGGGAGAAGGACACAAGGCCAUUGACUGUUUUUGCCAAGCAACUUCAGAAGUUGGAAAAGAGGAGUUCUUAGAUAGACUAAUUAGAUCAGAGGAUGUAGAAAUGGCAUCGACCCCACAGCUACAGUACUACGAUAAGGUUCUUCGUUUGUUGGAUACCAUGGGUCUGCCUGAGCUGAUCAUUCAGUUAGCUACUUUAGCAAUCACAGAAGCAGCUGAUGAUUGGAGAAGUCAGGCAACUUUGAGGACAUGCAUUUUCAAGCACCACUUGGAUUUAGGACAUAACCGUGAAGCAUAUGAAGCGUUGACCCAUAAUCCAGACUCUAGCAGGCAACUGGAUUGUUUGCGGCAGUUGGUGGUAGUUCUCUGUGAGCGCUCCCAGCUUCAGGAUCUUGUGGAGUUUCCGUAUGUGAAUCUUCAUAAUGAGGUUGUGGGAAUAAUUGAAUAUCGUGCUCGGGCAGUAGAUCUGAUGACUCACAACUACUAUGAGCUCCUAUAUGCUUUCCACGUCUAUCGCCAUAACUUCCGGAAAGCUGGAACAGUGAUGUUUGAAUAUGGAAUGCGCCUUGGCAGAGAAGUUUGCACCCUCCCUGGACUGCAGAAACAAGCAAACUGUUACCUUGCAGCUAUUAAUUGUUUGCGGUUGAUUCGCCCAGAAUAUGCGUGGAUAGUACAGCCAGCUUCGGGUGCAGUGUAUGAACGUCCAGGAGCAUCCCCCAAGAGAAAUCAUGAUGGAGAGUGUGCUGCUGCUGCCCCAAUGGGAAGGCAGAUUGAGAUCUUGGAACUACAGGAUUUGGAAAGACAAUGUGUGUUAGCUCGCAUGCGACUAACUUUGGCACAGCAUGAUCCAUCAACAGCUGCUAUCAUAGGAAACUCAUCCCCAAAGGAGUUGGUUGCGCUGUUGGUUCAGGCUGGCCUCUUUGACACUGCCAUUUCUCUCUGCCAGACCUACAACCUUUCCUUAAGACCUGUUUUUGAGGGACUUACUUUCAAAUGUAUUAAACUCCAGUUUGGAGGGCAAGCAGCUUUGGCCGAAGCAUGGGACUGGCUAGGUGCAAAUCAAUUGCCAUCUGUCAUCACAACCAAGGAGACCAGUGCAACAGAUGAAGCAUGGCGUCUCUUAUCUUCCUGGUUGGACAGAUACAAGUUGCAGAACAACCCAUACCAUCGCUGUGUAAUCAACAAGUUGCUGUCUCAUGGGGUGCCCUUGCCUACUUGGCUUAUCAACAGUUACAAAAAGGUAGAUCCUGCUGAACUGCUCCGCCUCUAUUUGAACUAUGACCUCCUAGAUGAAGCUGUGGAUUUGGUGCUGGAGUAUGUGGAUGCCUUACUUGGGAAAGGACAUGAUUAUUUUGGAAUUGAGUUCCCAUUAUCGGCUACAAGUCCAAUAGUUUGGCUUCCAUAUUCUGCAAUUGACCAACUUCUUCAGGCACUGGGAGAAAAUAUGACCAAUCACCAUAAUAAAGUACUAUACCAGAAGCUGCAUGACAAAUUAGAGGCCUACCAACAACAGGUUGAUGUGGCAACUCGGGAUUUUCUGUAUCGUCGAAAUUAAAAAAUGGCCUGGAUUGUGUGGCUUCACUUAAUCACCUUGUGCCUGGUGACUCUUGAGAAAAAGCUACAAAAACUGUUCUUGAGGCUUAAUGGCUGAUGUGCAUAACUGGCAUGAAGUAUGUGUGAAGCAUUUGCUUUGCAUGGAUAGGCUGGGAUCACAGAGAGCCCUAUGCACUGCUGGUGGUGCUAUUAUAAUAAAUUCUAUUUUUUCAUAAUAUUCAAAACAUUCCCUACUGGGGAUGGUAGACAUUUUUUUAAUCUGUUGGAGGCACCAAGUCAAACUGAACUUCAGCAAAGUCUGUGCUAAGGCUUGGUGGCAGUCAUUUUCAUUAAUGACUAAAUGUUUGUACACUGCAUGUUCCUACCAUCUUUCUACUGAAUAAUUUUUGUAUUAUCUCUUUCCUUGUACUGUACUAUACAUGGGCGCUAAAGACGGUAUUAUUUAUUGUGACACUUUUUGAAUUAUCUUUAAUAAAAUAAAAGCUUUGUUUUAAAA